AUGAGUAUAACAGCCAACGCCGUCGCCGGUCCCUCAGACUACCUCGGACGCGCUGCCGACUUUGUCAGACCAGACUUCCACCAAGUCAACCUCGACAUCGAGGGGUAUCUCAAAGCAGAGCGGAAUUUCAAGCUCGACUCUGACUCGGAGAUAUGCCGUCUCUCCCUCCUCCCACCUGGAUGCCCCCUACCCCCCUCCCUCUGCCCAUACCGCCACACCACGCCCUCCUCGCACAACUUCCGCGGACCCCCCAUCCUCCCCGCUCACCAAAGGGAGCGCGAAAAGAAGACGACCGUGUGCAAGCACUACCUCCGGAACCUGUGCAAGAUGGGCGACAACUGCGAAUACACCCACGACUUCAAUCUCCGGACGAUGCCGGUGUGCAUCUUCUACGUCAAGCUGGGGAAAUGCGAGCUGGGCGGGGAGUGCCUGUAUUUCCAUCCGAGCGAGUAUGAGCGGCGCGUCGAGUGCCCGGACUUCAAUAGGGGGUUUUGCGUAAUGGGGCCUGAAUGUCCAAGGCGGCAUAUACGGAGAGUGAUGUGCGGAGCGUAUGCGGCGGGGUUUUGUCCGGAUGGGAAGGACUGUAAGAAGGCACACCCCUCGCCUACUCGUCCACCGCCUGAAUCAUACGAGAACCCGCCCGUCCCAGAUCCAGCCCAGGCCGGUCCCCCCCCACAUCUCCCAGCGGGAUACGGCCGAUGGCGUGAAUAUCGGUACGACCCGAAUGCGGUCAUUGCUCCUUCCGCGGCAUGGGCAGAGGGCGGUAGUCUGUCAGGAUGGAGGGCAGGCGGUAUACUGAGCGGCAAUACGAGGCGGAAUGAAGAUAGGGGAGGCGGAGGAUAUGGCGGGGGCGGUGGAGGGGGAGGUGGGGGAGGUGGGGGAAAAGGAGGAUGGAUGAAAGACCUGUCGGGGAUUCUCUGCUUCAAAUGUAACCAGCACGGCCACUUUGCGAACGCCUGCCCAAAUCAAGCAGUACCAGGCGACCGAGGCGGGCUUACUCGGACGUAA